GUAUCACUGCUAUCGAGUUUGCGCAGAUCGAGCCCCCAAACCAUGAGAUGCAUCCGAUGAGGGUCCUCAUCAAGAUACAGAAGUCCGACCCACCUCGGCUAGAAAAGCCGGGCAGAUGGUCGAGAGUUUUAAUGAUUUUGUUGGGAGAUGUCUUCAGAAAUCACCAGGUCAGAGGCCCAUCGCUGCAGACCUCUAUAAUCACCCCUUUAUAAGGAACUACACGGACAAGAAGCCUAUUUUGGACCUCAUCCUUGAGGCCAAGGCUGAUGUUAUUGAGACUGUCACAGAUCUAUCAGAAGAGGAAGAUAUCAAGGAAAUCAAGUUAAACUUAUCCAAAGAUGAGGGUGCUGUUGAGGACAUAUUGGAGGAGGAAGCCCAGGACAAAGCUUUGAUUAUGCAGAGGCAUAUGAGCGAUGACUCACAGUCCAUCGACCUGGACAACAUCUCCAGCUACAGUGGAGAAACCGACAAGCAUGAUGACAAGGAUCGGGAUAAGAGUGUUGAAAAAGAAACCGCGAAAGCCAAAACACCAACUCCAGACAGAAAACCAUCUCCCCAGAAACAGAAAACACCGUCACCUGUUAAAGAAAAAUUACCAUCACCUGCUAAAGAAAAGUCUCCAUCCCCAGUUAAGGAGAAAUCACCAGUACCAGAUCACAAACAGGUUUCUGAAGAUGAGAACAAGAAAGCUCCAUCCCCCAAGAAGUCUCCUGCUCCACCCCCACCAGCUGUGGUGGAGAGCCCUGAGGAGAAGCGGGAAACAUCCCCAGUCCCGGCAGUUAAAGAACCAACACCACCAGUGGUUCCAGCUGAAGUUCCAGUGGAGGCAGCAGCUGAAGCUGUCAAGACGCACGAGAAAGAGGAGAAUGAUCGGUCAUCAGACGAGGGCAUUGGUCCAAGUGGAGACGAGAGAUCAGAGGGCAGCCAGACGGAGAGCCCUGCAAAGACGCAGGAAGUUGUGGAAAAAGAAGCUGAAGACACCACAACCGUUAUAGUCGCAUAUGACAUCGCUGACGACAUCAUUGAUGACGUCAUCAAGUCGACCCGAGUUCAACCAUCAGUGCCGAGUGUUGUGUUUGAUACAAUACAAGACAUGACCGAGGCCCAGAUUGAGGAGGAACAAGCUGAAGCUGCCUCUAUAGACGUGAACACCACCUCCAUCACCUCCGACACCACUGUGACCUCUUCCACCUCCGACACCACCAUCACCUCCGACACAAAACCUCCCACAGAGGAGAAGGUUGAACCUGCUCCUGCUGCAGUUGAAGAGGUGAAGGUCAAUGUGCCCAGUAGUGAUGUAAAAGUGGAUGAAAAUGUUAAAGAUGUUAUAACUAUAAACGGACAGCCUGUGCCUGAAACUGGUGCUAUUGUUAUCAAUGGACAUGCAACAGUGGUGAAGGACACUGUCGUGACUGGCGUAGGGAAGAAUGAAGUGACAAUAGAUGAGAAGAGACAGAGUGUGAUUCCAGAAACAGAUCUUGACACGUUUGUGACAAAGAUGACCAGUGAUGACCGGUCGCCAGUAGACGGCAGGAAUGUAGGUUACUCUAACCCAGAUGAUGACCUUUCUGACAAGCGGUCAGAGACUGGUAGCGCCACCACAGAUGGCAGCCUGGAAAGGGAGGAAUCCAAGAAAGCAGACAACAAUAUACAGCGCAGGAAGAAGAUACGUGAGAGAAAUGAAAGCAAGAGCCAUUAUCGUACAAUGACCAAGACAAGGACGUACAUGAAGGAUGGCAAGUUCGUCACAACAACAACUUCUAAAGUAGUGGCAGCGGGCGAAGAAAAUCGAGUGAAGGAGGAGCACAACCUCAGGAAGCAGGACCUGCGUGAGCUGAAGCUGCUUCAGAAGCAGGAGAACAAGCAGUACCAGGACCUCAUGUACAAGGCCCAUGUCGCCAGAGAUGCUCAGGAGAAGAAGUUUGAGGCUGACAUGCAAAAUCUGGUCAAAAACUUUGACCAGGACAUGGAAACGCUGACCAAACAGCAGAAGCAGCAAGUGGAGAAGGCAGAGCUGGCCCAGUCCAAUGACAUGAAGAAUGCUGCCCGCAAGAUCAAGACCGAACAGGAGAAAGAGGUGAAGAUAUUCAAGGAACAACAGAAGCAAGAGCUGAAGCUGCUCAAGCAGGAGAUGGACCUCCUGCCCCGAGAUGGCAGGAAGGAAGCUGUGCACAAACGCAAGGAAGCCAAGGAAAUAGAACUUACAGACAAGGAGCGGUUGUUCUUGGAGAACCAACAGGAGAGGAUGGAGAAGCACAUGAAACAGUUGGGAGACCAACACAGACAGAAGAUAGCUCUCUUGGAGAGCCAGUUCCUUCAGCAGAAGCAGCAGCUACUCAGAGCUCGAGAGGCGGCCAUCUGGGAGAUGGAAAAGGAGCAGCUCCACGAGAAGCACCAGCUGGCCAAGGGUCAACUGAAGGAGAUGUUCUUCCUGAAGCGGCAUCAAAUGCUCACCAGGCAUCAGAAGGAAAUUGACCAGAUGAAACGCUACAACUCAGCGAAGGAAGAGGAAAUGAAGGAGCGCCAUGCUCUGGAGAGGCGCCGCCUACCCAAAAUCCUCAAGAAUGAGGCAAAGACAAGAGCACAGAUGUUUAAACAGAGCCUCAGGCUUAGCACAAUAUCUACACCUGAUGAUGACAAGAUGAAGAUUAAACAGUUUGAGGAGAAUGAGAAGAAGAGAAUGAAGGCCGAACAACAAAGGCAGGAGUCGAAGCACAAGAAGCAGUGGGAUGACCUUGUGUUCCGCAAUGAGACUGCCCUCAAGGAACUGGAGCAGCUACAGGCUGAGAAGAGGAAGAUGUUGAUGGAGCAGGAGACAUUGAAGAUCAAGGAGGUGGAAAAACAGUAUGAGUUAGAGCUCAAAGAAUGGAAAGCACUGCUCGUACCAAGAAAACAGAAACUUGAGGAAGAGUUUUCCAGACAGCGAGAUGAACAGGAAAAGUUUUAUGGUGCAUACGUAACAGGAGAUGUAGAUGGCCAUCCGCCAUAUUCACGCUCCUCACAGGGUAGUGUUCGCAGCCGAGAGGACACAAUGCGAUCAAGACACUCCACAGUGAUAUAGUUCCGACCAUAGGGACAUUGGUCACACUUACUUACAUUCUGUGAUGGGACAGCAUAUACCGGCAGCACAGCCACAUCGGGGGGGGAUUCAAGGGAGGUCACUCUGCAGGGCCUUCUGUUCUACAGAUUGUUUAGCUGAAAUAUUUCCUGUUGGAUUAGCUGAGUUUGUACUUACCUUGUGAUGUGACAGUGCUGAAGUGACUAUACAGUGCGUGGAGUUGCUAGAUGCUGCAGUUAGACUUCAGCAUGCCACUGAUGGCCGGACUCUUUGCAGAUCUGAUCCAGACACAUGGUGAUGCAAUACUGGUGCAGCCGCAUCAGUGCAUGGAGACAGUUCAGACUGCACCAGACCAAGGGUCUUCAUGCUGAUCUGUAUGAUUCAAGUGCUGGACAUUGGUGCAUCCCCAAGAUCUAUAGACUUGAGUCGAAAAUUCAUCUCCUGGUGCGCGAAACACUGUUAACACUUUCACUGCUAACAAUGAGUGCUCCCAAUGUUACCAUGUGCAAGAGGGUUAAAUAUUCGCAUAUGGUGCACUAUAUGUUUUCAGUAUAAAACUCAAUUGUAGAAUUGUAAUUUCACAACAACCUAAGAUUUAUUAUUUGGACAAACUAACUUCACAGUCCAUAUCUACGAGCUUUUGAUAUUUGGCAGACAUCUGGAUACUUUCUGCAAAUCACACGAGAGAUGAUACAAGAGUUACCAUGUGGAUGAAAUCCAUGGGAUGUGUGAGAGUCCUGAUUUAGGGCUGUUGAUGAUAAACAUGGCAGUAUGUUGUACAGUGUUCCGUCAUUGAUUCCCACAAACCAGGAGGAACAUUGUUGCAAUCUGUAUAUCUUUUCAUCUCCAUGGUUACAAGGACUAAGCACAUGUAAGGCUUGCAGAUGUCCUACAAUGCUAUUGAAUAAAUAUUCAUAACAUUUAUUAUACACCAUAAAUUAGUAUGUAUAUAAGGUAGACUUGAAGACUGUUUGUAGAACCAAAUAUUUUACUCAGAAACAGAAAAUGAUCACCAUACCCUCUUGGUGCAGGACACAGAUAUUUCGCGGUAGUUUUGAACUUUUGUUUCAAAAGGUAGUUUGUCAAUGUCACAGACAUUUUGUAAAUAUUGAAGUAAUGAUUCAGAGAGUGUGACUUUGACAAGGAGACAGUGAAGAUCAUGGGUUUUUUUAUGUUCACCUUACUGACCUUCAGCAGACAUAUUGUGAGCUUAUUCUCACAGCUGAUAAUUACAGGGUUUAAGAGCAGUUUUAUGUGGAUAAAUGGUUUGUUGGUGGUACAUAUUUGAACAGACGUGAACAAAUCAACAUAUUGUGAUGAUUCAAUGUGGAAUAAUACUUUAGUUUCUUCACUUGUUAAAGUGUUGAGACGCACUGCGUACUAACUCUCCCACACAACUCCCUCCCACGUGCCACUCUUCUGCGAAUCUUUUGACAAAAUCUGUCACACUUUUUUUUAUUUUUCAAGAAACUUUCAAAGCCACUAGCACUGUGGAAUCACUGAGUAGAAUAUUGAUCAGUUCAAAGUUUUAUGAAGGAAAAAUUUGAUUAAACAUUAAUUGACAUUCUCAUAAAGAUUGUUUUGGUGUUCGAGUCCUAUGCUUCUUGAUGAAUCAAGUUGAAUGCAUUGACUCCAAAUCAGUUUUGUGCAAUGGAGAUAUCGCUCAUUUUCAGAGAAUAAAUUUGAUGAUUAGAGCUAAUACUCAUUAUUUAUUAACUGUCGAUCCCAAAAGGUUUAUUAUUUUCCAACAUGGAAAACUAGCAGAUAUGUUAACCUCAGACCCCAACUUCUUAUUUUAUCAAGAUCAAAUUUUUGAAAUUAUCACACCCGACCAAAUUAAAGUUUACUUGACCAAGGCGUAAGAUGUUGCAAAUGGCCGCCUGCAGAGGAGACAAUAUUCAUACAUGAAACAUUUAGCUGUGACAUAAAUUAGUUUGAAGAAAUACAAAAAAAUAUAUCAUUUAUUGACAUUUGGCAGAGCCCCAUAAGGAGAGUGGUGUUAGAGAGUUUGUGUCUUUACCCUUAUGUUAUGUGACUGUGCACAGAUACAUGCAGUCAACACAACUUGCCCUUCAGGCAUAAAAUUACAAACAGAGCUCGUAUAUAUUGUGUAUGGUGCAAGUUGAAAACAGACCCAAAGAAAAUAGAUCUUGGAGAGGACAUAUUUUGUUCUAACUGUUAGGUUAUUUGGAUUAAUGAAUGUCAGUUAUUUCAAGUUUUAGAUAUCAUUUUGAAAAUCAUUUCUUCAGAAUAGACACAAUGGAAUAAGAGAAUGGUUAAAUGUAACAUUAGAAAAAGUGUCCCAAUAUAACACGUUACAUUUCUUCAGAAGUUGUUUGCUGAAGAUGUUUAUCACCAGCCCUGUGUCUUCUGAAUAUUAAAUAUGCAUUUUUUUUAAAUAUCAUCUUUAAGAUUUCAUUUUCAAAUUCCUCCUUGUGUAAUAUCUGUUGGUUGUAGAAUUUGCACCAUCCCUUCCUUUAGAAACCAUUUGGGAGAUUGUGCAAUUAUUUCUGAGAGUGGACGUUAAUGAUGCUGUUUGUAAUUUUACGUUCUGUCGUACCUGUACAGAUGUUAUAUAUUGAUCUAGUAUCUGAAGUGUGAUUCCUUCACAAUAUUUAUGUUUCAGGGUUUUCUAAAGAGCUUGCUUUGUACAGAACUUUGCACUGGCUUUGAAACUUUCUUUCAACGAAAUUUGAUUUUCAGAGGGAGGAUGUUGUUUUAGUGCUUCUGUUGAGGUGUUUCUAACAGCUUCAUCCUCUUGAUGUUGUAUGACCGUACUUGAAGAUUUCAAAACUUACCUGUAGUGUCAGAGCCUAGCACAGGUGGACAUUGCUUCUGCGAUUGCAAUACUUUGUCUUCAUUAAUACACACCAGUUCGUUGCAAUCCCAAUAUUACUGUAAAUCUUUAAGUUAAUGCGAAA